UGCGGUACAUUCUAAACUAUACUAUGAAGCAUCUUAAAAAAAGAAAAAGAAAAUUUCUCUAAUCGCCUUUCCAUCUUCAUUCCCUUUCCCAUUUCCCAUUUGCCCUUUGCCCUUUGCCCUUUGCCCUUUGCCCUUUCCAUCCACUUAACGAAAGAACGGUAAAAUACACUUUUUCCCCUUUCCUCUCUUCCAAAUUUCAUCGUAAGCAUUGCAGUCAGAUAAGUUAAUUUUUUUUUGGAUUUUUCUCUCUAUCCGAAGUCUCUCCUAUUUGGAUCUCUUUUGGCACAUUUACAGUCGAGAUAUGUAGGGCUUUACAAUUCCAAUCUAUUCAAAUUCGUAUAAAAUGAGAGAUACAAUAUUUAGAGUACCCAAAUCGAAGUAAAGGUAGGUUUUUUGGAUUUGAUAUACUACAUUGUUUUUGGUCUGACCACUGAUUGGUCGAUCUCUGAAUGGACUCACGAGAUUCGUCGUCGUCGUCGUCUUCAACACCUGCGAACAGAGAAGCGUCGGCGGCGGACGAUGACGGAGCUUUAUCUGUCACUGCAGCACUCGCGAAGGACGCCGGCUUGUCGUUCCAGUCGGGGAAAUUCGCCGAAUGCAUCGAUGUGUUGAAACAACUCUUGCAGAAGAAAGAAGACGAUCCCAAGAUCCGACACAAUAUUGCUAUCACAGAGUACUUUCAGGAUGGUUGUUUGUAUCCAAAGAAGUUGCUUGAAGUCCUUAAUAAUGUUAAGGAAAGAAGUGAUGAGCUUGCCUGUGCAUCUGGAGAACAUGUAGAGGCUGUUAGCAACCUUGGAAACAAAGCUAUAUUAGGAUCUAAAGGGACUAAUAGUACGGCACAUCAAUUACCUACAGCAAAUAGUUCCCCUAUGGUUUACGCCGAUGAAUUAGAUUAUUCUGUGACUAUGUUAAACAUAGCAGUUAUCUGGUUCCAUCUUCAUGAAUAUUCAAAGGCAUUUUCAGUUCUUGAGUCAUUAUAUCAGAAAAUUGAACCAAUAGAUGAGGCAACGGCUCUUCAUAUUUGCCUUUUGUUUCUGGAUGUUGCAUUAGCUUCCCACAAUCCGUGGAAGUUUGUUGAUAUAAUAAACUAUUUGGAGAAAGCUUUUUGGGUCAAUAACUUGAUUAGUCAGGGUGACAAUGGAAGCUCUGCACAGCAACAAUCUUUAAACCUAGUGGCAAAACCUUCUUCACUUCCAAGCAAUUCAACUGCCACUGAUGCUUUUAAUUCUGAUUCAAUUUCUAAUGCAAGUGCCUCAGAAAAUCCUUUAUCUAGAACUUUGUCAGAGGAGACUCUUGAAUAUGUAACCUUUUUAUCAACACUGGACAACAGUGGACAGAAUCGAGCAAGACCAUCUGGCCUCCACUCUUCAAAUGAUCUUUCAAGAACCCCAGCUGAUCAGUCCAUCUCAGCCAUUGAUCUGAGGCUCAAGUUGCAUCUCUACAAAGUUCGAUUUCUGCUUCUUACUAAGAAUCUCAAGGCAGCUAAGCGUGAAGUUAAGAUGGCUAUGAACAUGGCACGUGGGAAAGAUUCUUCCAUUGCUCUCCUUUUGAAGUCCCAGCUUGAAUAUGCUCGUGGAAACUACCGUAAAGCCGUUAAGGUUUUGAUGGCAUCAAGUAAUCGGACUGAAGUGGGGAUUUCAAGCAUUUACAACAACAAUCUUGGGUGCAUCUUUUAUCGACUUGGGAAAUUUCACACGUCGGCUGUGUUCUUUUCCAAAGCUCUUAGUAAUAGUUCAUCUCUACGGAAGGAAAAGCCUUUAAAGCUCUCAAAUUUCUCACAGGAUAAAUCUCUCCACAUAAUAUAUAACUGUGGCGUGCAGUACUUGGCUUGUGGGAAACCAAUAUUUGCUGCUCGUUGUUUCCACAAGGCUAGUGUAAUUUUCUACAAUAGACCUCUCUUGUGGCUUCGAAUUGCUGAAUGCUGUCUAAUGGCCCUAGAGAAGGGACUUCUGAAAUCCAGUGUGGCGCAAUCCGAUCGAUCAGAAGUUAAAGUUCAUGUUAUUGGAAAAGGAAAAUGGAGACAUCUUGUAACGGAAAAUGGGAUUUCUAGAAAUGGGCAGGUGGAUUUUGUUGGAAGGGAUAAUUUGCUUUUGUGUGAUGAUAGACAGCCUAAUCUCUCGGUGUCCCUUGCGCAUCAAUGUCUUUUUAAUGCCUUGCACUUGUUGAACUGUUCUGAAUCAAAUUAUCAAGAGUCGGAUACGUCUUCUAGUCCCGCCCUAGAAGAAAAUGAAUCAAGAGAAGCAGCGUCAUCCAAGAUUUCUAACUACAUAAGUGUAUCUGGUGAGUCCAAGGCAAUUAAUUUAACUGUUCAGGUUAGUGCAAAUGGGGAUGUGAAAGAACAAAAGGGUGGCAUUUGUCUAAAUGCUACCUUAAAGAACUCUAUCUUGGAUUAUGAAAAUAGUUGUAGAAGAGAUAACCAGAUGAUCAAACAAGCUCUUCUUGCUGACUUGGCAUAUGUUGAGUUGGAAUUGGGAAAUCCUCUGAAGGCCCUAUCAACUGCAAGCUCUCUCUUGAAACUUCAAGAAUGUUCCAGAAUAUAUGUGUUUCUUGGCCAUGUUUAUGCAGCUGAGUCUCUCUGCCUGCUAAACCGGCCAAAAGAAGCUGCCGAGCACUUGUUGAUCUAUUUAUCUGGUGGGGACAACAUUGAACUUCCCUACAGCGAAGACGACUCCAAACAAGUGCUUCUUGAGAAAGCUUUGGAUUGUGAGGAGUUGAAUGUUGGGGCAAUGACGGCCAAGAACUCUUCUCUUGAUGAAUCACAAGGUGUUGCACUUCUCAAACCUGAAGAGGCACGAGGAAUUCUUUAUGCAAACCUAGCCACCAUGUUUGCCAUCCAGGGAGAUCUUGAGCAGGCUCAGCGGUUUGUAAUGCAAGCUCUAUCCAUAAUCCCCAACAGUCCCGAAGCCAUUCUUACUGCAAUUUACGUGGAUCUCAUGCUUGGGAAGACAAAAGAAGCUCUUGAAAAGUUCAGACAGUGUAGUCAUAUUAGGUUCCUCCCUGCCAGCUCAAAAUUAAGUAGCUCUUGUUGAUGGUCAUAUUGGUGCCUUUUAAUUGGUCGUGUCCGUCACACCCCACCGUGAGUUAGCUGGGAGAUCGAGAUCGACAAUCCUUUUGAAGAGGAUUUGUAACAUAUAUAUAGUUCAGUCCAGUGAAUAAUUUUUAUUUUAUUUUAUUUUUCUCUUUUUAUAAUCUUUUCAUUUGUAGGGUUCGGUGAGUGGGUGGUGUGGCUGAGAUUGUUUUUGUUGUCGCAAAUGGCCCAACUGUAAGAUUUGAGAUGUAGUUCUGAUUCAGAAUAUUUUGUUUAGUGGCUAAUUCAGCUUUUAUUCAAGAAUAGUGAGAGAUCAUGUAGUGUUGUUGAGGAUGAA